GUGCGCCUGCGCGGUGUCUGUCCCGGCCGCAGCCCCGCGCCGGCUGCAGCUCCGCGAGCCGAGCCGGAUCCCGAGCGGGGGACACGGGCUGAGGCGGCGGCGGCGGCCCCGCCCCGGGGCUCCAUUGUUGAGGCGGCCGCGGCUCUGCCGGCUGUUCAGCUGCGCUCCAGUCGGCCCAGGAGCCGCUGCGAGGAGCGAGCGCUGCGAGGCGGCGGCCUGAGCAAUGGAAGAGUUAAUAGUUGAACUUCGUCUUUUUCUUGAACUCCUGGACCAUGAAUAUCUAACCUCAACUGUCAGGGAGAAAAAGGCAGUGAUAACCAACAUUCUGCUGAGGAUACAGUCAUCCAAAGGUUUUGAUGUGAAGGACCAUGCUCAGAAGCAGGAGACCACUAACAGCCUGCCGGCCCCUCCUCAGAUGCCCCUGCCAGAGAUCCCUCAGCCCUGGCUGCCUCCUGACAGUGGGCCUCCACCAUUGCCAACAUCCUCCCUCCCAGAAGGUUAUUAUGAGGAAGCUGUGCCGCUGAGCCCCGGAAAAGCUCCGGAAUACAUCACAUCAAAUUAUGAUUCUGAUGCGAUGAGCAGCUCUUAUGAGUCAUAUGAUGAAGAGGAGGAGGAUGGGAAGGGGAAGAAAACCCGGCACCAGUGGCCCUCCGAGGAGGCCUCCAUGGACCUGGUCAAGGAUGCCAAAAUCUGUGCCUUCCUGCUGCGGAAGAAGCGGUUCGGCCAGUGGACCAAGUUGCUCUGCGUCAUCAAAGACACCAAACUGCUGUGCUAUAAGAGUUCCAAGGACCAGCAACCUCAGAUGGAACUGCCACUCCAAGGCUGCAACAUUACGUACAUCCCGAAAGACAGCAAAAAGAAGAAGCACGAGCUGAAGAUUACUCAGCAGGGCACGGACCCGCUUGUUCUUGCCGUCCAGAGCAAGGAGCAGGCUGAGCAGUGGCUGAAGGUGAUCAAAGAAGCCUAUAGUGGUUGUAGUGGCCCGGUGGAUUCAGAGUGUCCUCCUCCACCAAGCUCCCCGGUGCACAAGGCAGAACUGGAGAAGAAACUGUCUUCAGAGAGACCCAGCUCAGACGGGGAGGGUGUUGUGGAAAAUGGAAUUACCACAUGUAAUGGAAAGGAGCAAGUGAAGAGGAAGAAAAGUUCCAAAUCAGAGGCCAAGGGCACUGUGUCGAAAGUCACUGGGAAAAAAAUCACCAAGAUCAUCAGUCUGGGAAAGAAAAAGCCAUCCACAGACGAGCAGACCUCCUCCGCCGAGGAAGAUGUUCCCACCUGCGGCUAUCUGAACGUGCUCUCCAACAGCCGCUGGCGGGAGCGCUGGUGCCGAGUGAAAGAUAACAAGCUCAUUUUCCACAAGGACAGGACCGACCUGAAGACCCAUAUUGUGUCUAUUCCGCUCCGUGGCUGCGAGGUGAUCCCGGGUUUGGAUUCUAAACAUCCUCUGACGUUCCGGCUGCUGCGCAAUGGCCAGGAGGUUGCAGUGUUGGAGGCAUCUUCUUCUGAAGACAUGGGCAGGUGGAUUGGGAUUUUACUCGCAGAGACAGGAUCGUCCACAGACCCAGAGGCUCUGCACUAUGACUACAUUGAUGUGGAGAUGUCUGCAAGUGUCAUUCAGACAGCCAAACAAACCUUCUGUUUCAUGAACAGGCGUGUUAUAUCUGCUAACCCAUAUCUAGGGGGCACCUCCAAUGGCUAUGCCCACCCCAGCGGGACGGCACUUCAUUACGACGAUGUCCCGUGCAUCAACGGCUCGUGGGAACCGGAAGACGGCUUUCCUGCUUCCUGCAGCAGAGGCUUGGGAGAAGAGGUGCUUUAUGAUAAUGCAGGCCUGUACGAUAACUUGCCGCCUCCGCACAUCUUUGCCCGCUACUCUCCUGCUGACAGAAAGGCCUCUAGGCUGUCUGCUGACAAGCUGUCCUCUAACCAUUACAAAUACCCUGCCUCCGCUCAGUCUGUCACUAAUACCUCUUCUGUGGGGAGGGCGUCUCUCGGGCUCAACUCGCAGCUCAAGGGUAAAAAGCCCCCCGUGGUGUCUAACGGGGUCACAGGAAAAGGGAAGACUCUGAGCAGUCAGCCAAAAAAAGCGGAUCCCGCGGCUGGUGUGAAAAGGACGGGUUCGAAUGCUGCCCAGUACAAGUAUGGCAAGAACCGGGUAGAAGCAGAUGCCAAGCGGCUACAGACCAAAGAAGAGGAGCUGCUGAAGAGGAAAGAGGCCCUGCGGAAUAGGCUGGCCCAGCUCCGCAAGGAAAGAAAAGACCUUCGAGCGGCCAUUGAAGUGAACGCUGGCAGGAAGCCGCAGGCGAUCCUGGAGGAGAAGCUGAAGCAGCUGGAGGAGGAGUGCCGGCAGAAGGAGGCGGAGCGAGUCAGCCUGGAGCUGGAGCUGACAGAGGUCAAGGAGAGCCUGAAGAAAGCGCUGGCGGGCGGAGUCACCCUGGGGCUGGCCAUCGAGCCCAAGUCAGGGACAUCGAGUCCACAGUCUCCAGUGUUCAGGCACCGGACCCUGGAAAACUCGCCCAUCUCCAGCUGUGACACCAGUGACACCGAGGGCCCCGUGCCGGUGAACAGCGCGGCUGUCUUGAAGAAGAGCCAGGCGGCCCCGGGCAGCUCCCCCUGCCGAGGGCACGUGCUGCGGAAGGCCAAGGAAUGGGAAUUGAAGAACGGGACAUAGGGGACAGCAGCACUGCUCCAGCCUCAGAGACUGCACAUCCCCUUGCCCGUGUCCUCAUCUGUGUGACUGCAGGAAGCUCUGCCCAGAGUGGCCUCAGCUGCGCGACUCCAGAGGCUCCAUGACCGAGCUCUGAGGCCAGUGCCUCUCACCCAGGCCCACUUGUAUUCUUUCUACUGUAUGCUGGCGCCUUUAAAAAAGAUGUAAGACUUUGGUUCCCGACUUUGUUAAAAAACAAAAAAAGUGAUGGAGAGGUGUUUGAAAGGAUGCUAUCAGGCAAAGUGACAUCUUUCUAACCAGUUAAGCCAUUGCUUUCACCGAUUCCAUCCCAGCCCCGGACUGAGGACGGAUGGUUCCGUGACCCCAGGCGAAAACUUGGAUUCGACGGGGAAGAGCUUGGAUCCCUGGCUGCCCCGGGCAUGAGUGUGGCUGGCGCGUGGGCACUGGGCUCGCCUUGCACGCCCACCAGGAGGGCCAGGGGCUUACGCAGUCCUGACGUGGACUUUGUGUCUUGGCGUACCCUCUCCACGUGCCCGUCCCCCUCAUCAUCAGAGGUAAAGGCAUGAGAAAAUUGUGCUGUGAAACAUUUUUUACCUUUUAUUAUUAUUUUUUUGGACAGAUGCUUUUGUCAUCAAGACAUGAAAAGCUGCCAUUCUUCUUAACCUGUUUUUUAAGAAUGUCUUUUUGUUGUGUGUCACACUUAGAUCUAAGGAUUUUUCAGAGGUUCCUUAUUUUAUUAUUUGUGCUGCUUUUGACAGGUAGCAGAGGGUUUUAAUACUUCACUAACAGGGCGCCCUCCUCCCCCUUGGGCUAGCAUCCCCAGCCCUUAAUCCACGUCGGAGCCGGCAGGUGCUCCUCACACCAGGAGCCUCCGGGGGCAGGGGCUGGCUCCUCGCCGCUGUACAGGAUGUUUACUGCUGCGUGGGGCCAGGGCAGUCCUUUGAAAGGGAAGCAAGUUCCGGAACUUGUUCCCUCAUGGAACUAUAACACCUUAGAGCAAGAGGCAGGAAUUCCAGGGCCUCCUGCCCCUCCUGUCCUCCAGCUUGUCAAGUUAAACCACUAAUGUGUUGGUGGGCCUGGCCGUGCUGCCUCUCCUGAGUGGGGUGGGUGCAGGUGGGGCCUCUUUCCCAGCUUUCUUGCUUGCCUUCUGUGCAAUAUUUCUUGGAGAAUUCAGAUGCCUAAGGCAUAAAGGAAAAAAAGAGUUCAUAGUUUGAGCUGGUAUCUACCCCCUGGGUUUAAAAAUCAGAUUAACUUCUUGGUCUCCCGGAGGCCGCUGUCAGGAAUUCUCCAGUGCGGGAAGAUGCAGUCACUGAUGACGAAAUAAAUCACCCCUGAAAGGCUCCGCAGGCAGAUUCACGGAGGCCAGUCCCAGCAGCGGCCGCCCCUUCCCUGAGCGUAGAAUAUAGAGGUGCCACACUUGGUGCAAGCCCUCUGUCCACCGUCCAGAAUAUCCUUUAUCACACAGAGGAAGACACGGCAGGAGAGCACUGACUCCUUUAUUUCCCCCCCGACAUCCUUUCAGAGCGCCAGCCGUGUGGUGCAUGGGACUUUACAGUUUUAGGAUUCACAUUUAAGGUUGUGGCGCUUGAGGCCCACAAGGGCCACGUGGGAUUACUGGAGCGGGAAAGCGGUCUCCUGUGUGUAAGAAAGUUUUACAACACGAAUUGGAAGCUGCUUGAGUCCACCUGAACUUGACUUGAUUGCAAAGCCAUCUGCCGGGAACGGUUUUGGGUUCCUGAGCCAUCAGCCGGCCUUCCCCCUCUGAGGCACGUGCCUCCCGGCCCAGUCCGUGGAGGCCCAUCACACCAGCAUCCGUGACGCCAGCUUCCCACUAGGACACCCAGGCAGGUCGGGCGGGGACGCCACACGCCUCAGGGCCGUCCGCUGCAUUGCCAUAGGGGAGCCCUCCCUCCGGUGGUCACUUCCCACCAUUGCAGGCAGCUGGGGCCACUUCGUAUCACACACAAUGAAUUUUCUAUCAAGGGAAAAAAGUUUGCUCCUCCAUAGAUUUUUGCUGCCUUCGGGUCAAAUAGUUUCCCCAGUUGAGGCUCUUGGGCCACUCUGAUUGGCAGCCUGCUUUGCCGAAGAGAACUAACUGUGCAAGGUUUUGGUGGUUAGUAAGAGAAGGGGGAGAUGGCCAGCCUGAAGGCUCGGUCCUGGCCCAGCACAGGUGGGCAGCAGCAAGCUGGCAGGUGAAGCGUGAGGAGCACACACAGUGUCACAUGGGCCUUAGCUGUCACCCACCAGCUUCCUCACCAGGCAAGGAGGCCCGGGGGCCUUAGCAGGGACUUGCCCAAGGGCACAGCUGAUUGGUGCUCGACUCCCAGCAUGCAUAUUUUGUUUUAAAAACCCAGGUUUGUAAUUCACUUCCACAACCCUAAGCCUUUUAAAGAGGCGGCAAACUUUAACGAAUCCCAUCGUGGUCCCAAGGAGCCUUUCAAAGUGGGUGCCCUGGAGGGGCCUGACAUUGGAUUCCUUCGAUGGCAGAUACUCCCUUGAAAUUUCCCAUUUGAUCAGAAAGUUUAAAGCAUUUACUUCAGAAUAAGUUAUUUGUAUAUGUUCAAAUAAAUAUAGUUUUUAAUUUA